AUGUUUUCUGUUAACUAUGAAUUCUACACUCAGGAGAGGGUAAUCAGAUACACUCCACCCACCCUGAAGCAGAAACGCAAGGAAUAUCGCCAAGACAGGAUUGAGGAAAGCAACUUUUUGCUUGAUGGAGAGGAAAAUGUUGACUCUGAUGUCUCUUCUGAGAAGAAAAUUAUCAAUAUCAUCCCAAAUUCACGUAUAAAAAUUACUGAAAAAUUUUAACGAAUCAGGCUCAAGAUUAGGAGAAAGAAAAAUAUCAGCAACUCCUAAGCUAGACUGUGAUAUGAGACCAAAAGUCUAUCAACUUAGGUCAAGAGACAACGAGAGGGUAUCAAAAUACAACUCCUUUGGAGCAAUGAAAAAUGUGAUUCCAAAUGUACGAAUCUGAAAUAGCUCUCGAGCUAAUUAUGGUAACCAGCUCCAAACCGAGCCCAUAACGACCUCCAGAGCCCAAGACAGUUACGAAGACAGUGAUGAAUAUUGGUUUGGAGAAAAUAAACAUGAUCGGAAUGUAUCAAUGGCUGGCAAUGGUAUCCUUCCUAGCCAAGUUAUAUUUGGUAGUGAUCAUGGAAUACAAAUAGUCAAUCCAGAUACUGAAGAUUAUGAUACGAUUGUUUCUCACCAGUUGUCUCAGAAGACCUUCCGAGCUAGCACUCAGAAGCUCCCAACACCAUGAUUCAAUAAUGCUUCGAAUAAGAAGAGUAAAAUGAGAAGGCCAAGGAACGAGGUUCGGUCGAAGAAUUAACCUGGUCAAGAAUGAAACUAUGAAGCUUCAAUUUAUGAAUGAAAAUAAGGAAAAUGUAAUUUUCAAUUCAAGGAAAUCCUUUUAUCAGAAAACUCAAAAAUCAAGUGUAAAUACAAUGAUGAAGACUAUGAAUAACCUAAAGUUUAUUCCAAGGAUGCCUCUACAAUCCAUCAGCACUUCUAAUUGAGUGGAUUUUUACAAAGUCUCAAGCACUCAAGAGAAGAAUAUAUGUAAAUUUAAAAAGAGCACCAGUCGGAAGAAGUUCAAGAAGGUUAUGCAUCGAUAA